UCUGAUUCCGUCAAAAUAAGAUUCUAUUUUGGCUUGGGAAAAGCAAACUUAUGAAAUUCAUGUUCAAAUUCGUCUCUUGAGAAUUCAGAAAUUUCUUUGAUUUUGAAGAUGACAACUGAACAACUACUUCUAAGUAUCGAUCCUUUGGAUCUCAAAUUUACACUUGAACUCAACAAGUCAAUUUCCACCUUCUUUCAACUCAUCAAUAAGACUGAUAAUCAUGUUGCUUUCAAGGUAAAGACGACCAAUCCCAGGAAGUAUACUGUUAGGCCGAACAGUGGAAUUGUUCUCCCACGAUCAAGGUCCAAUGUUACAGUUACAAUGCAACCUCAAAUGGAGUUACCUCCAGAUAUGCAAUGCAAAGACAAGUUUCUUGUACAGAGUGUGAUUGUGGACCCUGGGUCUACACCAAAAGAUAUUAACCCAGACAUGUUCAACAAGCCCGGGGGAAAUGAUGUUGAGGAAUGCAAACUAAAAGUUAUUUAUGUCUCACCACCACAAAAACCAUCACCAGUCCCUGAAGAUUCUGAGGAAGGAACUUCACCAACAGCUUCUGACACUGAUUUACAAGAACACAGUGAGCCUCAGGACAACUCUGUUAAGGCCAGAGAUCUCAUUUUGAGGUUGAUGGAAGAGAGAGAUUCCAUUCUUCGACAAAAUGCCAAGCUCAACCGAGACCUGGAGCUUCUUAGGCAUGGACGUCACGAACGUCGUACUGGAGUUCGACUUUUGUACAUCUUGCUGGUUGGCUUGGCUGGUAUUCUUUUGGGGUUCAUUGUCAGAAACGUUUGAUGACCUCACAGCUCUGAGAUUAUACUCUCUUUCUGGUUGCUGUGGGCAGGUGUGAGGGGC